AUGGGAAGAAGAAGGAGAAGCCAGCAGCUCAGUUUCACUCAAUCGCAUAGCCGGAGGAAUCACCCACUCUAUAUCGUUCACGUGGCAAUCUUUGGUUGGUCCCGGACUUUCGAACAAAGAUCCUCUCUGUUUUACUCUACCAAUUUUUUCUUCGAACACCGGAUUUUUUUAUUCUCUACGAUGAAUCCUGAUACUGAAAGACCCGAAUCCCCAUCUUUCAACGAGUGUGGUUAUAGCAAUGAUAUAUGCACUCGCCCGAACGACAUCGCCGGUCCACACUAUAUGUCUACUUGUACCCUUCAAUGCCUUGAGCGACUGAAGGAGCUUUGCCGGAUUCCGCCGGAGAUUAUGACGGAAUCAAAGAUGCAUGGUCCCAUGGAGUCCCCGGAGGACCAUCGCUCCGGUUAUUUUUGCGUUUACGAGAUCUAUUUCAAGGGCUGCGGGUUGACCUUUCCUUUUCCUGAAGCCUUGCUUCUUAGCGUGAGAAGUUCAUCGAAGAAAACUGGGUACUUUUCGGCGUACCCGAAUGCCAACAGGAACCUCAUCUCGCACCUCCCGAACAAGGAUGAGAACUGGCAUCAACCUUGGUUUUUGAUUAAGAAAACCCUUGCUUCAAUCGGAAAUCUUUCCGAUGUGCUUCCAUCGAAGUGGUCUACGAAACCCGCUUUCAUCGCUCGGACUCUCUCGACCGAGGAAUUCAUCGAACUCUUCAAAAUCGUCUUCGAAGGGGAAACCCUCUGGAAUUCCUUCACCCGUGACCGGUUUAUAGAGGCCAAUCACAAACUCAGAAUGAGCCCUCCCGGACAGCUUCAUCAACUUCCGCCACCUCCUUCCCUAUCUCAAGGAACAUUAGCCCGUGAUCUUGCUUCUCGGUGGAAGGUGAUAUCAAAGCCGAUGGCUGAGGCUUGCGAGUUGACAAUGGUAGCGCCGAAGGGGCCAGAUCGGCCGAUGCGUUUAGGUCAACACUCCGUCCUGAACGCCAUGGUGGUCGUUCUCCUCGGAGAAAAAGAUAUCCCCGUCGUGACUCUCCUCGCUCUUCUCCCCGAGUUUGCAAAAAGAGAGACAGACCGGCUCGUGGCAGCUCUUCUCCCCGAAGGGACAAAUCAAAGGCCCGGACUUUUGACAGAUAGCGUCCCGGAAUUUGAGAACGCUUCUUACUCCAUGCUUACUAUUCAUCGCGGGCAAAAAUUGGAGGACCAAGUCGACCAUCUCUCUUCUGAACUCAUGGAAUCAAACGGCGAGUUGCAAGAUCAGUACCGUAGACAUGACAAACUCCAAGAUGAACUCUCAGUUGCCCAAGAUAGGCUUUCUGAAUCUGAAUCGGUUGCUUACACCUUGAACAACCAGUUCACCGAACUUAAGGCAAAGUACAAGGCAAUCGCCAAGCUUCGAGAUGCUGAGUUAGCUAAGUCGGCGUUAAAAGCCAGAAAAGAAGUGAAAGGUCGCAGGAUAGAGCUGAUUCAGGGGGCCAUUCUUUUCAUUCAAACCGAAAAGGCAAGAUCAGAGCUGGAAUCUAAUAUUAAGGAGCACGAAAGCAACCUACUCUUGUUGGACCAGGUCCACGAGGAGGAUUUCAGCGAGGAUCCAUUGUUUCUGUCCGGCGAUGAUUUCGAACCUGCCGGCGUUCUCUUUCCACACACCGCUUUCCACUUUCCUCCGAAAGAUAAAAAGGAGGCGUACGACUAUAUGGACAAGGUUGUCGACAAACAUCGCCGCUUGUGCGAUGAGAGGCAACGUCUGGGCCUCAAAAGGCAAACGCUCGAGGCCCGAAUCGCUCGAGUGGAGAGGAAGGUGAGGGAAAUGGAGAGUGAUCCCUUUCAAUGGGAGUUGAGGAACUUCGACUGCGUUGCCAAGAUCCCGACUAUGCUUUGGAUGUACCUCCGCGCUCGUGGUCAAGUUCUCGGUCUCGUGAAUGCUCAUGUUGAGGUGGUCCCAUCCGAUAGCGAGGAGGACGACGAAGAAGAGGACAUCGACCCCUCGAAUUGUGUCAAGAAUGAACCCAAGGUAGACGACAAAAAUGAAGCGUCCACUUCGAAUGCUGAAUCGGCGAUGAAGGAGCAUGUUCCUAAACCUCUUCCAUAA